GCUAUUGUGUGCUGAGCUGCCAAAGCGAGCUCACACUAGGGAGAGACACAUACAGGGCUGAGGAAAACAAUAAUGAACAGGAUCUGAAAGACAGCGAGGAAGGAGCUCACCGUAAUUUUAAACUGGUUUAAAAGUUUUAAGGGUUUACUACUCCAGUGCACUACCAGUCACCAUGGAUGAAUUUCCAGCUAAAGUCAGCACCGAAACCAGCUCACAGCCAACCCAGUCCAAUUCCGGCUUCCGUGGGUUCUCAGUGGGACCUGUCAAAAUGGAUGUGUUGUUUAUUAGGACUAUUCCUGGGAUACUGAUGAUCGUGGAAAUCGUUCUGGGUUUACUGGUGUGGGCUCUGAUUGCUGGUUCCACAACCUUGAACCAGGCAUUUGGAUGGGUGAUGUUUGUUAGCGUCACACUCUGGGUUAUAACAACCUGCCUGUUUGUGGUUUACUUCCUGAGUGUGCCCGAAAAAAUACAAUUUGUUCCUUGGCCUAUUGUGAUGAUGAUCUUUAAUGUUAUUGCUACUGUACUGUACAUCACUGCCUUCAUAACCAACGCAGCAUCAGUUCCUACAAAGUGGGCUCCAGAUUACAACAAUCUGGCAGCGGCAGCUUUCUUUGCAUGUCUGGUUAUGAUCGCCUACUGUGCAAGCUCCUUCUUCAGCUUCACUGCGUUCCGAGGACAGGGCAGCAACGCAGCAACAAACCAAGCGACCGGACACCUCCCAGCAUAGCCAAAUACAGCACACUACACAAGCAGCAGGGAGCACUAACGCAUGUGUACAUACUUACUAACUUGCCAAUGUUUUUUGAGGUUAAACCAAGCCUUGUGUUAUCAGCUUUUCGUCUGCAAACGUUUUACUUUAAAAACAUGAUAUUUAAUCUCAACCGCAUUAGAAACGAAUCAAUGAGAGAGCACUGUGAUCGUUACACUUUUUGUGUCUUCUUUUGGGCUGGAGGGAGGGAUAAUGCCCUUCUGUCAUUUCUGCAGCUUUGCGUUAGUUAUGCCUCUUGACUAGCGAGUCAGUUUUUUGAGGUCAUGGCUUGGCACGUGCAGUGGAUUAUCCUGUUCCAGCAAACAUGGCCUUUACGUGCCCUGUGCUUUAAUUAUACUCCCUCUAUCUCUCCAUCCUAAUGAUUAUGGGAGAGAGAUAACACCAACUUACACUUUGGUUCCACGUAAAAGUAACCCAGUCCUUGGAACCAACAGAACCAGUAAUGUAUUGUGAAAGGUCAAGACACACAUGCAGUAAAUGUAUUAGCUCUGAUAAUUUCAUGAACGCUUUUCUAGGUUCUGUAUUAUGUUAAAAUGCAGUAUGAAGUUGUUUGUUGUUCCUUUUUUUGUAGCGCUACUCACAUAUAACUGUACUGUUGCCCUUCUGAAAUUGAUAAUAUACAUAUUUUUUUAAUAUAUAUAUUUAUAAACCACAA